GUUGGCUGCAGGUAGGGUGGGCGGGGCCUGCUUCCGCUGGGAGGAGUGGGGCUGGGGCUGUGGUGAACUGGUGUCCCCGCUGAGUCGCGCUCUAGGGAGGAUCAUGAAAGCACAGGCGAGGCUGCCCCUGAUCCUGCCGAGGGCACUACCGUUCCUACUGCUGAUGCUGGCUGUGCUCGGGCCAGCGGAAGACGUGCCUACCUACCCAUGGUGGGAUGUGGACACCCGGGAGUGGCUGACGUGUGGCCAGUGCCCCCCAGGCACCUUCGUGCACCGGCCGUGCAGCAGGGACCACCCCACGACGUGCCGCCAGUGCCCGCCGCACCACUACACGCAGUUCUGGAACUACCUGGAGCGCUGCCGGUACUGCAACGUGGUCUGCGGGGAGCAUGAGGAGGAGGCGCGGCCUUGCUCCGUCGUCCACAACCGUGCCUGCCGCUGCCGCCCAGGCUUCUUCGAGCUCGCGGGCUUCUGCCUGGAGCACACGCCCUGCCCGCCUGGCUAUGGAGUGGUUGCCCUUGGCACCCCCACCCAGGACACACAGUGCCAGCAAUGUCCCCCAGGCACCUUCUCGGCCAACAGCUCCAGCUCAGGGCAGUGCCAGCCCCACCGCAACUGCACGGCCCUGGGCCUGGUCCUCAACGUGCCGGGCACCCACUUCCAUGACGCCAUGUGCACCAGCUGCACAGGCCCUCCACUCAGCACUCCAGAGCCAGGGGGUGCAGGUGACUGGAGGGGGGCAGGGACCGAGGAGUGUGAGCGGGCCCUGGUGGACUUCGUGGCUUUCCAGAACGUCUCCUUCAGGAGACUCCUGCAGCUGCAGCAGGCCCUGUCGGGUCCGGGGGCAUGGACUCCCCGUCGGCCCUGGGAGGACCGCAUGUCCUUGCAGCAGACGCUGCAGAGGCAGCUCAUGAAGCUCCGCGAGGCCCGGCCAGGGGCGUUGGUGGCGGGGCUGCUGCAGGCCCUGCACACAGCCAGGCUGCCGGGGGUGGAGCGCACUAUCCGAAAGCGCUUCUUCCUGGCCAGCUGAGCCCCAUAUUUAUUCUCCUGACCAGGCACCAAGUGUAGUUUUUAUAAAACCCUUUUGUAAAAUCGA